AAUGGCUGUCGACUGACUGACUGGCAUGCACCCGCACGGGAAGAUGUCAAAAAACGUGGCGCGAAUGCGCGCGCAAGAACGAAGCGCCCGGCAGGUGCUGCCACCACCUCGUGAGCCGUGUUGCGACGCAACAUUGGAGGAAGUAUCAGAAAAGCUAAAUGGUAAAUUGAAUGCACAUGAAAUGCAAUUAAAAUUCAAGUCUCUCAAGGACACUUUUAGAAAAAUUAUCCUGCAUGAGCAACAGGCCAGUGGUUCUGCGAGGCAGGAUGAAGAAUCGAAGUGGAAGUAUUAUCAACUUCUAAGCUUCUUACGUGACUCGUGUUUACUUCAAAACAAUACUAGAUCUAAUGUCCCUGAAACAUCAAUGGAUGAGUCCAUGGAUGCAUCGACUGUUGUAGAAUCUGAAGAGCAUCCAUCAGGCUACGGUUCAGAUAAUGAUACAACCUCAGCUUCAAAUGUACAACAUAGACGUAGAAGGUCUAGUAAAAGUACUUCUUCUAACCAGGAAGAAAAUCGAAGUGCUUUAAACAAAAUAGCUGAUUUUAUUUGUCAACCAGAGCCACCACUACAGCUUCCGACACCUCCAGUGCAGCCAGAUGAACUGGAGUUAUUGAUGAACUCAGCACUUUUACAACUACGUAAAUUACCUUAUGAGAAGAGGAUGAGGACUUAACAAUGUCCUUCACCCAAAGUGUCCAUCGUACUGUGCUUGAGCACAUGUGAAGUAACUCUACAAGUUAAUCUUUCCAUAUUAAUUAUUAUUUGAUGAAAUAUUAAGUAUUUUUUACGGAAUUUUUUA